AUGAUUCAUUUUAGAGACGCCACAUGUCAUAGAAAUCACGAAGGUACAGUUAACACCCUGAAAUCUCUCCACAUUCACGUCCCCAAAGCAGUUCUAACGGGGCAUGAUGCUGAACUAACGUGUAGCUAUGAACUUGAAGGAGCCCAGCUUUACUCCAUACGAUGGUAUAGAAACAUGAUUGAAUUCUACCGGUACGUGCCGAAGGAGUCUCCCGCCACAAAGGUUUUUCCAGUAGCUCAAAUUAAAGUUGAUGUAGCAGCUUCUGAUCAAAACCGGGUGGUGCUAACGGAGGUAGACCGGACUUUAACCGGAGAAUAUCAGUGUGAGGUGUCGGCUGAUGCACCGCUGUUCCACACAGACAUCAAGUCAGCAGAAAUGGUGGUCGUUGCAGAACCGCCAUUGACAAGUCCGAAUGUGACAUCAGAUCGCCUUUCUUAUAUCGGCGGUGAUCACAUUCGAGCAAACUGCUCAUCUCCUCCUUCGCUUCCAGCUGCCAACAUCACGUGGUACGUCAACGAGCAAAUGGUGCCUGGAUUCACCGCAAACCACGUGUUAAACUUUAGUAAUGGUUACGCGUCUAGUUUAGCUACUUUAGAACUGGAAGCUGCUCUGCAUUCGCCAGUGCCUACGCUCAUGAUUCGAUGUGAAGCAUCAAUAUUUGAUGUGUGGAGAUCGACUAGUCAUACGCUAGUACUGCGCGAGCGCAGCGCUAACCCAGCAUCUGCCCUGGGUAGAAGUUUAACAGGUGCAGCCACCGGAACGUGUUUACCUACCGUUAUUGUGUUAAUCAUACAAUUUUUCCUACAACUGUUACUUCAAAGGUACAGUGGGACUUCAAUAAGAUAG